AUGAAUUGUGAAGAAUCUCAACUAUUUUCAAGUGAGGGAAAUAAUAUAAAUAAUAUGGUUGCAAGAGUUCCAACACCUCAAGAUCGUAAAACACCUACUUAUCUUACUAAUGAUACGUUGCCAUGGGCAUUACCUGGAGAAUCAUUACAAAAAAAAGAAAAAAAUAUAUGUUGUAUAACAUAUUAUAUUAAAUCAAGAGGUGUAGUUUAUGUAACAAAUUAUCGUGUACAUUUUGAAUCUGAUGAAGCACCAGAAGAUUCAUUCUUUUUUCUUUUGGGUAAUGUUGCUAAAAUAGAAAAAUUUGGUUUUUCAAGUAAUACAACAAGAUCAAAUGUUUAUGGUAUUGAAAUAUAUUUAAAAGAUCAAAGAAAAAUUAAAUUUGCUUAUCCCAAACAAGCAGUUGUUAGGCAUAUUAGAAGAGAUUUUUAUCAAAUACUUCAUAAAAUGGCUUUUCCAAUUACAUAUAAUUUACCAUUUUUUGCAACUAUUUAUAAAAGUAUUGUUUCAUAUGAAUUAGAUUGUUGGAAUUUAUAUAAUCCUGAAGCUGAAUAUUCUAGAUUUGGUGUUCCUAAUAAUGAUUGGUCUUUAUGCCACAUAAAUCAAAAUUAUACUUUUUGUCCAUCUUAUCCUGCCUUACUUUAUGUACCAAAAGUUUCUAUUGAUAAAAAUUAUGAAUUUUUAAAUAAAGUUGCUAAUUCAAGAAGUUCUAAACGUAUACCAGUUCUUUCAUGGAUGAAUUCUAAAACAUCUGCUGCAAUUAUAAGAUCUAGUCAACCUAUGAUUGGAUUAAGAUUAUCAAAAAAAUAUACUGAUGAUGAAAAAUAUCUUCAACAGAUAGCUUCAACUAAUCAUAAUGGAAUGUGGAAAUUAAAUAUUAUUGAUGCUCGACCUCAUGCCAAUGCUCAGGCUAAUCGUGCAAAAGGGGGAGGAUUUGAAAAUUAUGAAUCUUGUUCUCUUGAAUUUAUGGAUAUACAAAAUAUACAUGCUGUUAGAGAAUUAAUUAAAAAAUGUAGAGAUGUUUGUGCUGAGUAUCCUGAACAUCCACAAUUAAGAGAUAUUGUUGAAAGUACAAAAUGGUUUUCAUAUAUAAGAUCAAUUUUACGUGCCUCAGAAUAUGUUGUUGAUUUAGUUAAUAAUGAAAAAAAAUCUGUUCUUGUUCAUUGUUCAGAUGGUUGGGAUAGAACAGCUCAAAUAACUUCAUUAGCAAUGUUAAUGAUGGAUCCAUAUUAUAGAACAAUAAAUGGUUUUGCUAUAUUAAUUGAAAAAGAAUGGUGUUCAUUUGGUCAUAAAUUUUCACAUCGUUGUGGUCAUGGUGUUGAUAAACCUAAUGAUCAAGAAAGAUCACCUAUAUUUCUUCAAUUCUUAGAAUGUGUUUGGCAGAUAUAUAACAAUUAUACUCCAUACUUUGAAUUUAAUGAACAUUAUCUUUUAUUUUUAGCUGAUGAGCUAUACUCAUGUAGGUUUGGAACAUUUUUAUUUAACAGUGAAUGUGAAAGAAUCAAAGAACACCAUUGCCCAACAACAACAGUUUCUAUUUGGACACAUAUAUAUAAUAAUUAUAAAGAAUAUAUUAAUUUAAAUUAUAACCGUAAUUUAUCAAAUACAGGUGAUUCUAAUUUUGCAUUAAAAAUUUUGGCUUUUGAUAAACCAUUAGAUGCAUGGAGAGCAUAUUAUUGUGGGCCGGCACUAGAAUCUCUUGAAAAAUUAAAAAUAAAAGAAGAAAGAUUAAAAAAAGAAGCAGAAGAAAAAAAAAUUAAUAAUUUUUCAAAUAAAAAAACGUCUUUUGACGCCUCUUCAGAAGAUAAUUCAUCUUAUUCAUUGGUUGAGGCUGAUGAUGCAGAUGAUGCAUUAUGUGAAGAGUUUAAACGACAAAAUAUUUCUUUUAAUAUUUCAACAUUAUCAGAUUCAAAUGAUUUAAAAUAUCAUAAUUCAAAUAACCAUCCAACAGUUGUGUUAUAUGAAGAUAAUUCUGUUUUUCUUAAUCAAGAUUCACCAUUAAUUAUUCCAACAAGACCAGCACCACCAAGACCCCCACCAGCUCGUCCAUCACCUCCCAAGCUUUUGAUAAAUAAUGUUAGCACAGUUAAAGUACCCAACACAAAAAAUUCUACAUCAAGUAACUAA